AUGGAUUCUUCGUCGGACAUCCCUGCCAGCAGCAGAUCACCAAGAAUUGGAGAGCUCCAAGGUCCUCGUCCCUCGUGUCUCAGAAUAAACAAAGAAUCCCAGAAGAUCACGAAACAUUCCCCGGCGCAGCCACACUCGCAGCCUCGAAAGCCGGUCAUAAUCUACACGGUCUCACCUAAGACAAUUCACGUCAGCCCAGAAAACUUCAAAACCCUUGUUCAACGCCUGACCGGAUUGCCAUCAUCAUCCUCGUCUUCAUCUUCUUCCACAUCCAACGUUGAUCAGCCUAGCAACCCUUUCAACAGCAACAACAAUGGUACAAUAUUGUCGGCGCCUCUUGAUCAAGGGAAGAAACAGCAAGAAGCUGGUGGCGUCGACGUGGGUGGCAUGGCAGUGAUAUUAGGUGUUGAUCGCGGGGUUCCGAUGAUGGGUUCUUUUCCGAGAAUACCGUCACCGGUGCCAACUACACUUCCUCCAAUUCCACCAAACUUUUUCUCCCUCCCAUCUGAUCCGACGCAGCUUAGCAAUUUCUUUACCGAUUUAAGCCCCGUGCUUCUUGGUGGCACGAACAAUCACAUGGAAGGUAGUUUCAUGCCAAGUUCUUCGAAUUUAGUUUCAGUUCCACCAAUUACAUACCGGCCAAGUACAACUCCAUCGAUAAAUUACUUAUUCAACAAUUCUUUGGGCAUGGAAGUUAGUACUUUCAUGCCUAGACCUUCAAGUUUUGUUUCACCUCCAAUAACAUUCCCUAAUAAUUCAUGUUACUCAUUCAACAAUUCUUUUGGCAUGGAAGGCGGUUUCAUGCCUAGUCCUCCAAGCUUUGUUUCACCUGAUCCAAUGACAUACCCUAGUACAACACCAUCCAUAGAUCAGUACUCAUUCAACAAUUCUUUUGGCAGGGAAGGUAGUUUCAUGCAGCCUAGUCCUCCAGAUUUUGUUUCACCUCCAACGACAUACCCUAGUACAAGUACUCCAUCCAUAGAUCAGUAUUCAUUCAACAAUUCUUUUGUCAUGGAAGGUAGUUUCAUGCAGCCUAGUUUUGUUUCACCUCCAAUAUUGACAAACCCUAGUACAAGUCCAUCCGUUUCACCUCUAAUAUUGACAUACCCUACAACUCCAUCCAUAGAUGAUGAUGAUAACUUACUAAACGGUGUUUUUGGCAAUUGAUCAUAUUCGUUAUUCUUUCUAGCUUGUUGCUACGGGACUAGAUGAGAGACUUAGACAGGCGGGUCUUUUAUUUUUUUAUUUUUUUUAUUUUUUAUUUUUUAUUUUUGUAUAGUUUCAAUGGUGAUCAAGAAGAUCAUAUACAGAAAGGCCAGGGGUAGUUUUGUUGAGAAUAUCGAUGCUACUUUGAAGACUUCUUGAUGGAAUUUUCUCUGUACGUUUUAAAAUUCAAGUUUUAAUUUGGUGGGCCAUACUUCACGACUA